UCUAAGAACUAUAGUUCAUAGGUCACUCACAGCUUAGAGACACACCGUGUUCCAUUCAUAACUUAGUUUGUGUGAAACUAAGAUAGGAAUUGGAACAGAAAUUCGAGCAGUUUACAGCAGGAAAUAAUGCUCAGGAUCGGAAUUAACUGCUGAAAGAAAAGACAACAUUAAAUUGAGAACUAUAUUGGUGACUCAGAAUUCCAGGAUAAUAUUAUGACUAUCAUGCUUGAACACCAAAAAAGAAGAAUAUUAGUCAUUUUUAUUACUUUAUCAGCAUUCGUGAAUAUCCCCGUGUCUGGUGACUUAGAGCCUGUUCUUCAACGUUGCUGUUUAUCUGGAGAGUCAUGGGCUCGGAAUCACACAACAUGCACGGGUCCAAGCGACAUGACAAACUUGCAAGCAGCAGACAGGCUGACAUGUCUGACCACUCUCUAUAUAUGCUGCAUAAGAACUCACAGGAAAACCCACUGCGAAAACGGUAAAAAUGCAGCUAAAGCCAAAAGACAAUGUCUUGUUUCGCCUGAAGAAGGUGGGGAAACUUAUAAGGAUUGCUGUGAUGGAUGCACUCUGGGAUUGCAAGCUGAAAAGAUGAGGAUGCCCUGUUCUUUUUCCCGUUUCACUUUCGGAAGUCCCUGGGAUGAAGCUUUUAGAGAAUGUUGUGAAAAUCCCUACUCUGCUCUUGGAACUUCACCCCAAGUCACGGUCAACAGUGAAUGUGAAGUCAACAAUCCAUGUAGUCAAAAGUGCGAGGUGAUAGCCAAUCAAAUCAGAUGUUCUUGUUAUCCUGGCUAUCAAUUGUCUCAAGAUCUAACUACCUGUAAUGAUGUGAAUGAAUGUUUAUUGGGGACGCAUUCCUGUAAUCCUUCGAGUGAAACUUGCGUCAAUGCCAUUGGUGGAUUUCAAUGUGUUGCAAAUCCAAAUCUACCUCCAAGGCUAGGCCCAUGCCCUCCUGGAUAUACAUACAAUCAAGAGAAGCGUGCUUGCGAUGACAUAGAUGAAUGUCUGCAUCCAAUAUGUCCACGAGGACAAAGAUGUCUGAACAGUAUAGGAUCUUAUAGAUGCCUUACGAUCAACUCAACAGCUACAAGCCAAUGUCCAAACGGAUUUACAUUUUCAUCGGAUAAUGGCAGAUGCAUUGACGUUGACGAAUGUCGCCAAGGAGAAGAUGAUUGCGACAGGGAGAGAGAGAUUUGCCAGAACUCUUACGGUGGUUACCAGUGCGUCGAAAAACCUAGAAAGAAUAGGAACUGCCCAGCUGGCUUCAAAUGGGAUGAAAAUAAAGACAACUGUGAAGACGUCGAUGAGUGCAGGGAAGAUCUUCACAAUUGCAACCAGGCAGACGAUGUCUGUAGGAAUACUAUGGGAGGUUAUGAGUGUGAUCCUAAAUGCCCCCUCACCAUGGGAUUCGACCCACUGCAGAACAAAUGCGUUGAACUAGAUAUGUGCUCAUCAAAUUUACACAACUGCAAAUCUGAUGAGAUAUGCGUACCAGUCUCUGAUAGUUUUCGAUGUGUACCAAAAAGUGUUACUGACAACUGUGAACCAGGUUUUAAACCAAUUGUCCAAACAGAUGGAUCUAAAAAAUGUGAAGAUGUGAAUGAAUGCGAAGAGUUUCCGGGUAUUUGUGAAGACGAGUCUAAAGUCUGCAGGAAUGACGUAGGAAGUUACAAGUGCGUUGUUCCACUCUUGUUGGAGCCUCUAGUCGAAAAUUGUGCUCCUGGAUUUCGAUUCAAUCAGUCACGGAAAAAGUGUGUUGAUAUUGAUGAGUGCUUAGAAAAUCUUGACAACUGCAGCAGGGUAAAUAAAAAUUGUAUCAACAUAGAUGGCAGCUUCGAGUGUGUAGAUCAACCACCAUUUCGCAUCUGUCCUCCAGGAUACAGACAAAAUCCUCGAAAUGGAAGUUGCGAAGAUAUCAACGAAUGCUUGGAGGGUCGUCAUCGAUGCAUGAUAGACAAAGAGGUAUGUCAGAAUGUUGGGGGUGCCUACAGGUGUGUCCCAUCAUCGACACCACUACGGCCAUGCCCUACUGGAAGACGGUACUCUCUCACGACCUUAUCUUGCGAGGAUGUGGAUGAAUGCCGUGAAGAAAGUCAUGAUUGCAUUCCUACUGAAAGCUGUAUCAAUUCCAUAGGCAGUUACAGAUGCGUUCCCAUUGUUCAGUGCCCACAUGGCUACAGGUGGCGACCAGAACGAAGCAAGUGCGACGAUGUGGACGAAUGCUCUGAAGGUAGUCAUGACUGUGAUUCAAGAUCCCAAACAUGCGUCAAUACAGUUGGUAGCUACCAAUGCCAGUCUAGACCCAACCAAAGAGUCACUAACUGUGGUACUGGAUACACGUACAAUUCCAUUUCAGAUACAUGUGAAGAUUUGAAUGAAUGUGAUAUAUUCCAACCAUGCAAAAGUGACCAACAAUGUGAAAAUACACUUGGAAGCUACAAAUGCUUUUGUCAGCAAGGGUAUACAUUGGAUGCAAUCACUAAACAAUGCAAAGAUGUAAAUGAAUGCCAGUUAGAAUUGCAUUCAUGUGCGCACAGUCAACGGUGUGACAACACGAUUGGUUCUUUCACGUGCGUACGAGUUACAAGUUGUGGUACUGGAUAUACUUUAAACGCUGCUACCAAUCAUUGUGAAGAUGAUGAUGAGUGCACGUUGGGUAACCACAAUUGUGGAAAUGGAUUCGUGUGUCGUAAUACAGCAGGUUCUUUCAGAUGCGACAGAAGUAAAUGUCCAGCUGGUCAGAAGCUGUUAUCGGAUGGCACGUGUAAAGUGGUCAUUUGCGGAACUGGAAUGGAACAUGAUGACGAUGGAAACUGCAUAGAUGUGAAUGAAUGCAUUCGGGGACAUGCCUGUCGCACUUAUCAGCGAUGCGUCAACACCGUAGGUUCUUAUCGGUGCCAAAAUCUUAUCAAUUGUGAAGCUGGUUAUGAACUCAAUGAACAAGGGGACCAGUGCGUUGAUAUCGAUGAAUGUGUACGUGGAUUAGCAGAAUGUGACCAGCAACAGACAUGCCGCAAUCGCCCAGGUGGUUACAUUUGCGAAUGUCCAAGAGGAUAUUCUCUCAACACCCAACGAGUAUGCGAAGAUAUUGAUGAAUGUACCAGAUUCCGCGGACAGAUUUGUGCCAGUCACUCAGAGUGUAUCAACACGCAGGGAUCUUACAAGUGCAACUGUAACGAAGGAUUUCGUGCUGGAAAUGAUGACAAGACUUGCGCUGAUGUUGACGAGUGUUCGGAAUCUCCAAAUAUCUGUCAACAAACCUGCAAUAACGUUUGGGGAUCAUAUCAGUGCUCCUGUAAGCUAGGUUACACCCUCGGCCCUGAUGAAAGAUCCUGUAUAGAUAUAAACGAAUGCGAAGUGUAUGGAGGUCUAGGGAAUCUUUGCAUCGGUUUCUGUAUCAACGAACCAGGAUCUUUCAAAUGCUCUUGUCCAAGUGGUUACAGAUUAGCAUCGGACGGAAGAACCUGCCAAGAUAUUGAUGAAUGCCGUGAACAAAAUGUGUGUAAUGAUGACAAAGCUGUUUGCUUAAACACUAGAGGAGGUUAUAAAUGUAAUAGAAUCGACUGUCCACCCAACUAUUAUAAAGAUAACUCUCACAAAAACCGGUGCAAGCGAGUGACCAGGGACUGUCAGACAGGUGAUUGUCUAAAAGAACCCCUUUCCUAUUCCUACAACUACAUCACUUUCGUGUCCAACAUGAGGCUCCCUCUGUCAGGACAGGUGGACCUCUUCACCAUGCGAGGACCAAGCUUCCAAUCAACCACUGUCCAGUUUGAAUUGCAGCUGACGAGUGCCAGGGCUCCGCCGGGAACAACACCAGCAACCAAAGAUUACUUUCACUUGAGAAGGACUGCUUACAACGAAGCCAUGAUAGCCUUAACAAAAAGCAUAACAGGACCACAAGAAAUAGAAUUGGAUCUCGUCAUGAAGAUCUACCAUAAUGGGUUGUAUGGAGGAACAGCCGUUGCAAAAAUCUUCUUAUUUGUCACAGAAUAUAACUUUUAAAAGUUUCAGUCUUGGAGGUGAAAAUUUGAAGAUGUGAACUCACUCGCCAUACAGCUGCGUUCGAAUAUAGUCUCGAUUGUGAUGUAAACUAAAAACUCUUUUUCAAUACAGGGUUUUACUGUUUGUCUAAGAUAGGUACUCUGACCGCCACUAAGUCUGCGGCAGUCUGGUGCUAUGGAAACAAGAAGAGGUUAUUUUAGGGAGGGUAGCUUCGAUGAAGAGGUCUCCUUUCCUCUCGCCGAAACCAGUCCCAAAGAGGGACCACGCAGCCCUACUUAAAAAAAUCAUACCUCGUUACCAUAGUCACCGCCACAGCUCCAGACGAAUGUCUGGCAGAGUAUCUAUCUUAGACAAACAGUACAUGAUUCCUUCCUGGUUUCAGAAACUAGGCUGUAGUAAAUAAAAAAAUUAAGACGAAUACGGCAGAAACAAACCUUACACUAAAUACAAAAAUAAAUCAAAUUUCAUUUAGAGUCGUUGCAUAUGUUGUAUGAGAACCCUUUGCACGCGGCACACACAACAAUGCAUAGUUACUGCCAGACUCUAUUCAACAAGAUACUAUGGUAUUGACAGCACGUCUCGCGAGUGACUUUUUCUGUGGAUUUUGACCAUCUUUUCCUACCCCUUUUGUUAGCAAAACUACGUGAAAGAUCACACGUGCUGUCAGUACCAUUGAUACUCUAUCGUUUUGAAUACAGUCUAGCGGAAACUAACCUAUCGUAUUUAUUAAUGCCAUGCAAUUAAUGGUUCACACAUCUGGAAAACCUGCACUGGUUGUAAAUAAAACUUAAAUUUUUUCUGUAUUUAGAGCAAAAUUUGUGACUUUUGUAUUUGUCUUAAGUUUUUUUGUUGUCUUCUGAAAACCCAGGAGAUAAAUUAUGACUGACUCUGUUAGAGCAAUCAAGAUUUCCAAAUAAAAACUACAGGAAUUGAAAAUAAGCGGGUGAAAAUUGCUUGCUGUUUUAUUUUUGAAUGCUCUAAAAUAAUAGUAGAACUGGCUUAUAUUAUAAAAAAUUCUUCAUUUGACACAUUAAAACUUUGCUCUGUAAAAAUUUCCUAAUCAAAUUACGGUAAAAAGUACCGGCACUCAGGGUGCCAGUACUUUUUUCCAGAAAAUCCUCUUUUACCGGAAACUGUUAAGGAACAAGAAAUCAGAUAUACCGUAAUUUUUGCACUAAUAAUUACCGUGAAAUCCCUGAAUCACUCCAAUUAAAUAAAUAUUACUGUAAAAAGUACGGUAUAAUAUUUUACAAUAAAAGGGAAUUUUACGGAUGAUGCACCUAAAGUGCCGCCACUUUAUACCGUAAUUUGAUACAAAAUUUUUCACAGUGCAUUUCUUAGAUAUAUUUUGGAAAAGUCGAUUUCUGAAAAGUCAAUUAGACUAUGUGAAACACCGCUGUCAUGUACAUUUUUGAAAAGUCAGUCACACUGUGAAGAUGACAGGUGUUUAUUUCUGAAAAGUCAAUCAGUCUGCAGUAGACACUGCCGGUUUCUACAUAUAUUUUUAAUAAUUUACAGCAAUUUAACAGCCGAAUUUCAAAUUUCAGCUGCUAUAUCAGAACCCUUAUAGAGUGAUAUUGUUAAUUGUGAAAUUUAAACUUAUUAUUAUUCGCUUUUUUAUGUUUAUUUUUUGCUAAUUCUACGACUUAUUCUGGAACUUAUUUUUUUUUCCGACACCUAAAUUGAUACGUCUGAAUUAAAUGUGCAAAAAUUCGAAUAAAAAACUAAUUGCAUUUAUUGCUCAAUGUUUUAAGGCUCUUUUUAUGCUUAUGAAUGUUACAAUGUACAGAUAACACUGCCAAAUGAAAUUAAGUUCGAAAUGUUUUCUUAUUUUAAAAUGUAUUUUUCUAGAUGGUAUUGAUAUUACUAAUUUAUUUUAAAUAAAAAUAUUUUAGAGUU